UACCGCAAAAGGAAAUACACAUGAAACUUUCAUGCAGAGUUCUGAUACAACAUAAUCGUCUCCAAGUCGAUUCCAUCAAAACGUGUCCUGUGCCGCAUUUGAUCUUCUCUACUCUAGAUGGAACCAGUUGCAGCAGAAGAGAAGGUUCAAAGUGAUCAUGGAGGGCAGGACUAUACGGAGGAUGGAACUGUUGAUCUCCAUGGUCGGCCUGUGUUGAGGUCAAGCACUGGGAAAUGGAAAGCUUGCUACUUUCUUGUAGGCUAUGAAGUGUUUGAAAGAAUGGCAUUUUAUGGGAUUGCAGCAAACCUGGUAAUAUACUUGAGACACAAGUUACAUGAAGGCACAGUAGAAUCUUCAAACCAUGUUACCAACUGGGUUGGCACGGUAUGGAUGUUGCCCAUAUUUGGUGCUUAUGUUGCAGAUGCGCGCCUCGGUAGGUAUUGGACUUUUAUCAUUGCUUCAGGCAUCUAUCUCAUGGGAAUGACCCUUUUGACAAUGGCAGUUUCAGUCCCUGGCCUGAAGCCUCCAUCCUGCGGCGGGAGCGUGAAAGAAGAUGAAUGUCCAUUGAGGGCGUCGGCUGUUCAGAAGGGGGUUUAUUACACAGCUCUGUAUAUAAUUGCAGUUGGAACAGGUGGGACCAAGCCCAACAUUUCCACCAUAGGAGCAGACCAGUUUGAUGAAUUUGAACCCAAGGAGAAGAAGAGGAAGCUGUCUUUCUUCAACUGGUGGAUGUUCAGCAUCUUCUUUGGCACCUUGUUCUCAAACACCUUUCUGGUCUACAUCCAAGACAAUGUGAAUUGGAGCAUCGGAUAUGCCAUUCCGACGGUGGGUCUUGCCAUCUCGAUCGCUGUGUUUCUGACCGGGACCCCAUUCUACAGGCACAGGUUGCCUGCAGGCAGCCCUUUCACCAAGAUGGCACAGGUGUUUGUGGCUGCCCUCAGGAAGUGGAAUACCACUGUGCCAAAUGACUCAACCGAGUUGCAUGAACUCAGGUUGGAUGACUACUCAAGAGCAGGAAAUUUCCCAGUCCACCAUACCACUCCUCUGAGCUUCCUCGACAAAGCAGCAGUGAAAGACAAGUCGUCAAGUUCACCAUGGAUGGUGUGUCCUGUAACUCAAGUUGAAGAAACCAAGCAGAUGAUCCAGCUGCUCCCAAUCUUCACAGCCACAAUCGUUCCCAGCAUCGUCAUCGCUCAGAUACACACCUUGUUCAUCCAGCAAGGCACCACCUUGGACAGAAAGGUCGGCCCGCAUUUCAGCAUCCCACCAGCCUGCCUCACUGUGUUUGUCACCCUAUCCAUGCUCAUCUCCCUGGUCGCCUACGACCGGAUCCUCGUGCCAGCAGCCAGGCGAUACACCCGAAACCCAAGAGGGAUCAGCAUCCUGCAGAGGAUGGGGAUCGGCCUCUUCUUGCAGACAAUCACCGUGGCAGUGGCUUCCCUAGCAGAGACGAGGAGGCUCAACGUCAUAGCACAACAUAACAUCACGGGGAAACAGGACACGGUCCCUCUCACCAUCUUCCUCCUCCUCCCCCAGUUUGUGCUCAUGGGGAUCGCAGAUGCGUUCGUGGAAGUGGCCCGGAUCGAGUUCUUCUACGACCAAGCGCCCCAAGGGAUGAAGAGCCUUGGGACAUCCUACUUCACCACCGGCUUGGGGGUUGGCUACUUCAUGAGCAGCGUUUUCCUGAGAACUGUGGCCAGCGUUUCCAGCAGGCAUGCCAGGAGAGGGUGGAUCCUGGACAAUUUGAACCUCUCCCAUUUGGACUACUACUACGCACUUUUGGUGAUCUUGAGCCUUGUCAACCUGCUCUACUUUCUUCUUGUUUCCAAGUUCUACGUGUACAACGCGGCCAUAAGAAGCAACAAGAAGGAUGUUGAUGUUGAUGAUGAUGCCAGUGAGGAGGAGACACUGCAGUGCAAGUGAGGAGGUAUCCUUUCAAUGGUUGUAUCUUUCAAGGAUCAAAAACCAACAUGUAUUGUUUUAUAUAAGCAGGAAUGGUGAAGGAAAUGGAGGGAGAGAAGUUUCCUCUUUCUUUUUUUUUUUUGGUAGAAUGUAGACUUAUUAAUUUAAUGUUUUCAAAUUAUCGAAUAAACAAAUCUCUAUAAUUAAACAAUAGAGUAUUGUGGAUGUCAAUUGGAUUCUAUAUUGAAUAUCAUAUUAGACUAUUAUAAAUGUUAUGGAAUGAGCUAUUUAUCUCUCUCUACAUUGAUAAUGAGAAUAGGCUCUUUCACAUUCUUUUUUGUGUCUAGAAUAUAGACCUAUUUAUCUU